CCGGGACCCGCCCCGGGACCACGACCGCGACCAUGGCCACAGCCGCCCCCCGAGCGCCGGUGCCCGCAGCCCGCGAGCACGCUCUGGCCGCCACCCGCGACUACAGCCGCAGCCCCCGGCUCACCUACAAGACUGUUUGUGGUGUCAACGGGCCCCUGGUGGUGCUGGACAACGUGAAGUUUGCCCAGUAUGCUGAGAUCGUGAACUUCGUGCUGCCCAAUGGCACCAGCCGCAGCGGGCAGGUCCUGGAGGUGAUGGGCUCCAAAGCCAUCGUCCAGGUGUUUGAGGGAACAUCUGGAAUCGAUGCCAAGAAAACCUCCUGCGAGUUCACCGGGGACAUCCUGCGCACCCCGGUGUCCGAGGACAUGCUGGGUCGGGUCUUCAAUGGCUCUGCAAAGCCCAUCGACAGCGGUCCCCCGGUGAUGGCUGAGGACUUCCUGGACAUCAAUGGCCAGCCCAUCAACCCCCACGGCCGCAUCUACCCCGAGGAGAUGAUCCAGACCGGGAUCUCGCCCAUCGAUGUGAUGAACAGCAUCGCCCGGGGGCAGAAGAUCCCCAUCUUCUCCGCUGCUGGUCUCCCCCACAACGAGAUCGCAGCACAGAUCUGCCGCCAGGCCGGGCUGGUCAAGAAGUCCAAGGACGUGAUGGAUUUCCAUGAGGACAACUUCGCCAUCGUCUUCGCGGCCAUGGGGGUGAACAUGGAGACCGCUCGCUUCUUCAAGUCCGACUUCGAGGAGAACGGCUCCAUGGAGAACGUGUGCCUGUUCCUCAACCUGGCCAAUGACCCCACCAUCGAGCGGAUCAUCACCCCUCGCCUGGCCCUCACCACCGCCGAGUUCCUGGCCUACCAGUGCGAGAAGCACGUCCUGGUCAUCCUGACCGACAUGAGCUCCUACGCCGAGGCGCUGCGGGAGGUAUCGGCCGCCCGGGAGGAGGUUCCGGGCCGCCGCGGCUUUCCCGGUUACAUGUACACGGACCUGGCCACCAUCUACGAGCGGGCCGGGCGCGUGGAGGGCAGGAGCGGCUCCAUCACCCAGAUCCCCAUCCUCACCAUGCCCAACGACGACAUCACCCACCCCAUCCCCGACCUGACGGGCUUCAUCACCGAGGGGCAGAUCUACGUGGACCGGCAGCUCCACAACAGGCAGAUCUACCCCCCCAUCAACGUGCUGCCCUCCCUGUCCCGGCUGAUGAAGUCGGCCAUCGGGGAGGGAAUGACCAGGAAGGACCAUGGGGAUGUCUCCAACCAGCUGUACGCCUGCUACGCCAUCGGGAAGGACGUGCAGGCCAUGAAGGCGGUGGUGGGGGAGGAAGCGCUGUCUCCCGAUGACCUGCUCUACCUGGAGUUCCUGCACAAGUUCGAGAAGCACUUCAUCAGCCAGGGCCCCUAUGAGAACCGGAGCAUCUUCGAGUCCCUGGACAUCGGCUGGCAGCUCCUGCGCAUCUUCCCCAGGCAGCUCCUGAAGCGCAUCCCCGAGAGCAUCCUGGCUGAGUACUACCCCCGGGACACCAAAGCACCGGCGCAGGACCCGGCCACCACGGCCCUGUGACCCCCCCCUCCCGGGGAGCAGCCUCAUGUACCCCAAACCCACCCGGACCUGCCAAAGGUCCCUGUGGUGGGGCUGCCGACGGGGUUGGGUACCGGG